AGAUCUGUUUGCUUAGAUCUUUAAACUCUAUGGUGAAAGAGGAGGAACAAGAUCAUACUCUCAAUUUUCAAAAUCUAACGCUCAUGGAUGUCCAAACGCAUGGAAAAUGGCGGGAGUAGGAAUGUCAAAAGUGGGCUUGGACCGCGGGAUAGGCCCGUUUAGACCUGUAGCGGGGCGGGUUUGGGCCUAGGAGUUGGUAUCCCGCAGUGUCGCGGGCCUCGCGGGAGAAGACCUGUGCGGGAUGGGCCUUUCGCGGGAUGGGCCGAAGGAGACCGCGGGUUAACCUACAGUCCCGCAGCUUCUGGUCUUUUCAUUUCAUCGCAACCUGAAAAAAAAAAAGAGAGCGUUAGUGAGAGAGAUAGAGACAGAGAGACGAGUCGCCACCGAAAUGAAGCUCCAGCGACGGUGAUAAGCUCCAACGACGGCGAUACAGACCAAACAUGCAUGUUCCGGAGAGAAGUCCUUUUACGAAGCUCUCGAUUCUUGAAGUCUCGAUGAGCUCCCUUUGCCACCGUAAACCAAGAAGCAUCUCCGGCGAUGGCUUCUUCAGAGACGGUGACCGCAUGCAUGUCGGAGGUUGUUCUCUGCUUCGAUCCACCACUGGAGCUUCAUUUCGUCUUAUAGAUCCAACGCCUUAGCUUUGUUUGUUGUGAAAAGAAUAUAUGAUUGUAAACAAGUAGGCGGAUGGUGGUGGUGGUUCAAGCUGAUGUAGGCUCAAAACGAUAUAGAAGGUGUUCACUUGAUGUAUGUUUUGGUCGUACACCAACUUGUUCCCCCACCACCACCUGCCUCCUUGUUUAGUGAAGAAGAAAUCAACACCGUUACACCGAGGUGCAAAGAUUCUUGAGCGAUCUGAAACUUUAAGCUUCUUGUCAGGUGUUACCAAUCUGAAACUUUAAGCUUCUUGAGCGAUAUAAUUGGUUGAUGCUUAUUUGACGUCAUUUGUUUUGUAGGUGAACAAGGAAGGAGAACACAUACAUCGAUAUUUGAUGCCAUCACAAGGAAGGAGACUGGUUCAUCUUCUGCUCCUCUUGAUUGACAAGUGGACAAGGAAGCAGAUGGUAAUCACUGUGAAAGCAGGGGUAGGCUCAAAACGAUAUAAGCAUGUUAUGGAGCUGACUUGAUGUAUGUUUUGAGCGCACCCCUGCUUGUCCAGUGAUUACCAGCCGCCUCCUACUGUGUUUUAUUUGUCAAGCUGAUGUAGUGUUGGCAUCACAAGGAAGGAGGCUGUUCCAUCUUCUGCUCCUCUUCACAGAACAAGUGUACAAAGGAGCAUUUUGACUCGUCAUGAAGCAGUCAUGGAGCAGCUAGCAGCAUCAAGAACCAAAAGAGUGCAUUUUGCUUAAGUCCCGCGGGCUGGCCCGCAAGAGACUGUGCAUUCGGCGGUACGGGUUUGGGACGACCAAUCGGAGACCGCAGCCCGCGCGGGCCUGAACCGCAAUGACCCGCAACAAGUGAGCCCGCGGCGGGACGGGACGGGACGGGACGGGACAACCUGUUUGACAAUGCUAGGCGGGAGUAAGAAAAGCAACAACGGCAAGAAAGUUAACAGAUUUUUGAAAAAGAAAACUUAACCAAACAGACUGUCAUAACCAAAUAUAGGAAGCCUUUUCCAUCCAUCCAGUCUUUUAGGACUUCCUCUUUCUUUCAAAAGAAAACAGAUAAACAUAGAAAACCAAAGCACCAGAAUAUCAGAAGAAGAAGAGAGAAAAGCCCCCAAAGAAAAAAAAUUAGAAAACCCAAAAAAGAAGAAGAAAGAAACUUGAGCACAAAAUCUUCUGUCUUCCUUCCCAUGGGGUGCAUUUGAAUAAAUCUCCUCCUUGAAAAAAUCGCUUGAUCGAUUUAUCGAUCAUUCGUGGUUUUUUGGAAAUUAAUUUCAAACAAAACCCAAGAAAAAAAUCCCAUGGGAAGCUGUGUUUCGUCUCCAUUGAAAGGUUCUCCUUUUAGGAAGAGACCGGUAAGAAGGCGAAACAGUAGUAGCACCACCAAAACAUCAUCUAACACUAAAACCGAUUCUUCUUCGACUAACCUUUCCCGGAGAUUGAUUUUCCAGCCACCAAGCCGUGUUCUUCCAGAGCCCAUUGGUGAUGGAAUCUUCCUCAAGUAUGAGCUAGGGAAAGAACUAGGCCGUGGUGAGUUUGGUGUCACUCAUGAAUGUAUUGAGAUCAGUUCUCGAGAAAGGUUUGCGUGUAAGAGAAUAUCAAAGGAGAAGCUAAGGACGGAGAUAGACGUUGAGGAUGUUAGAAGAGAGGUUGAGAUCAUGAGAUCUUUACCAAAACAUGCAAACAUUGUUAGCUUUAAGGAAGCUUUUGAGGACAAAGACGCGGUUUAUCUUGUCAUGGAGAUUUGUGAAGGAGGUGAGCUCUUUGACCGUAUUGUCUCUAGAGGUCACUACACUGAACGCGCCGCUGCAUCCGUCGCUAAAACCAUUCUUGAAGUUGUCAAGGUUUGUGAAAGUUUUAAAUCUCUUUCUAUCUUUUCUUUUUCCCGCCUUUAUUGUUGUUUCUUGCUUGUCAAGGUAUGUCAUGAACAUGGAGUGAUCCAUAGAGAUCUUAAACCUGAAAAUUUCCUCUUCUCGAACGAAACCGAAACUGCACAGCUCAAAGCUAUUGAUUUUGGUCUCUCCAUUUUCUUCAAACCUGCCCAGCGGUUCAACGAGAUUGUGGGGAGUCCUUAUUACAUGGCACCAGAGGUUUUGAGAAGAAACUACGGUCCUGAGAUCGAUGUUUGGAGCGCUGGUGUUAUACUCUAUAUCUUGCUUUGUGGUGUGCCUCCCUUUUGGGCUGAAACUGAGGAAGGAAUAGCGCAUGCCAUUGUGAGAGGGAACAUCGAUUUUGAGAGAGAUCCGUGGCCAAAAGUCUCACGUGAAGCCAAACAACUCGUUAAGAACAUGCUUGAUGCUAAUCCUUAUAGCAGACUCACAGUUCAAGAAGUUCUUGAACAUCCAUGGAUCCAGAACGCAGAGAGAGCACCAAAUGUGAAUCUUGGAGAUGGAGUCAGGACCAAGAUUCAACAGUUCGUGUUGAUGAAUAGGUUCAAGAAGAAAGUCCUCAGGGUCGUAGCUGACAAUCUACCAAACGAGGAGAUAGAAGGGAUUAUACAGAUGUUCCAGACGAUGGACACAGAUAAGAACGGUCACUUGACUUUUGAGGAACUAAGAGAUGGUCUGCAGAAGAUUGGACAAGUUUGCCCCGAUGGAGAUGUGAAGAUGCUAAUGGAUGCAGCGGAUACAGAUGGAAAUGGGACGUUGAGCUGUGAAGAGUUUGUGACACUGGCGAUACACUUGAAGAGAAUGGGCUGUGAUGAGCAUUUGCAGCAAGCGUUCAAGUAUUUUGACAAGAAUGGUAACGGAUCUAUUGAGCUAGAUGAGCUCAAGGAAGCUCUAUUCGAUGAUGAUAAGCUAGGCCACGGUGGUGACCAGUGGAUCAAAGAUAUCUUCUUUGACGUUGACCUCAACAAGGAUGGAAGGAUAAGCUUUGAUGAGUUUAAGGCCAUGAUGAAAUCAGGAACAGACUGGAAAAUGGCGUCGAGGCAGUACUCAAGAGCGUUGUUGAAUGCUUUGAGCAUAAAGAUGUUCAAAGAAGAUGUUGGAGACAAUGGACCUAAGUCUUAUUCCAUGGAGUUCCCUGUAGCUAGGAAGAAAGCUAAGCUACUUGAUGCUCCCAAGAACAAAUCAAUGGAGCUUGUCCCUUCCAAAACCUAUAGACCCUCAGGUCUAAGAAACUAAACAAGAAGAAUGAUCUUUUGAUUUUCUUUUGAAUGUGUUUUGUUUUUUGGGUGCUACAAGUGACAAAGAAAGUGCGAUUUAAUGGGGUUAAAGUUGAGCACAAUGGAGAAUAAAAACAAGAGAGAGAGCAUAGAAACAAUCAUUCAAUUUAUCAAGUUGUAGUAGCAUUAACAAUGGUGUCACUUGUAAACUUUUUUUAACUGCAAACAAGCAGACAACUCUUGUAUCAAAUCUGGAUAUGAAAUUUAACAACCAAA